AUGUCACAAGAUUUGAACCAAGUCCAAGAGCACCCCUUUGGUGUUGACCAUGAUAAGAUUCCAAUGUUCAGCAAAACUGUCCUAGACAUGUACGAAAACCUCAGCAACGCAUCAUCACUAAAUGAUAAAGAAAUCCGUCUUUUAGCCGCUUUGAAGUGCUUUUUAGAACAUUAUGCUUCUAAAGCUGCUUCAAGCCAAACUGAUUGA